AACAGAGAUAGACAUCCUACCACCAGCCAGCUGGGGCAGGGCAAACUCCAUCAGGGGUAUUUCCUGUAUGAGAAAGUGCAGCCUCUGAUCAAUGAAUAGUGCUUGGACUUUGGAGUUGGACCGCUAAAAAGUAAACAGCAAGAUGGAACUUACUGAUGUCGAAUAUAUGGACGAACUUUGUUGUGGGAUUGAGAAUAAACUGGGUGCCUCUGUCCCCCAUUGCCUUCUACGCCCGAUGUUCGAUAACUUCAACGCGCCACCGAGAUAUACGUCGUCCAGUGGCGGUAAAAGUUUUAAUCGAACCCCACCGGGAUCAGUUGAGAUGCUAGCCGCAUCUCAACGGUGCAGUACCCCCGAGGUACACCAGCGAAAACAUGAUGGCAAGAUGGCGCCGGGAUUGGAGGAAGAAGACAUGCAUGGAACUUCUCCCACUGAUGACGUCACACUGAGGCAUUUGUCUCCCGUAAAACAACUCGUUGUCAAACACGACAAGCUGCAGGAAAGUUGUCACAAACUCAAGACCUCUAUGAGUGCACUGAGGGCUGUAGACUUGGGCUUGUUGAAACAUUUCCUCACAAUUUACGAUGCCAUUGAAGAGCUACGCUGGAUGAGUGAGUCAUAUGAUAUGAGUGAUUCGUGUGAAUCUAUAAAUUCAUCCAUGUGUGAGUCCAUCGAGCAAAUACACGAGAAGUGGAUGUCAGAGCGCCGCCAGUGGCAGUCUGCGUCCAGCCGAGAUCUAUCAAGUUGGAGAGAUGACUCCCGUAGUAACUUAUCCCGUACCAACAUGGGGAGAUUGAAUAGUGUUGGGGCGAGCAUGCAGCCGCAGGCGAACGGUCAGCAGACCAGCCGUGAGUACGGUCUGCCGAGCUUGCAGAAUACCCUUUGGAGGUCUCCUCAAACAGAGAUGAAUAGUAGUUUCCCGCAGCUCCUGCCAGGGGGAAGUUGUGACUUUGAGAGGCAGCGUCGUUCCAGCGUUGACCAUAUCCCCAAAGAAGCACCCCAGUCGACGCCGUCACCAGGCACCUUAAGAAAACGACGAAGUUCGUCCGGAGCCCUAGAAGCAGGAAUCACGGAGAAAAAUGAAAAAGAAGGAUCGGAGAUGACUGCUGAUCCACAUGCUAAAAAGAUAGCCAGGCUCCAACAUUCCAAAAGUUCUCCUGCAUUCGACCCGCGGUAUGAUUCAAUUCAAGUGACAAAUACAGCAAUGAUUUAAGUUUGUUUUAUUGCUCUGUGGGUGAAUCUGAAGCUGCGUUUAGAUUAAUAAGAAUAGACAUUACUACAGCUUAUAGACUCUUGGACAAUUCAAGUUCAGGGUAUAUUGAGAUGUUCGUCAAAGGCUUUCCUUUAUGGCAAUGGGAACCUCUGAAACGCUAGGUGGCAGCAGACUUAUUAAUUAUAUAGAAUGCGUUCGAUUAGCGUUGAAGUCAUUUGUGGGGCUCACCCGGGUCAGCCCAAAAUGUCUAACUUGUGGAGUGGGUCAUUACUUGGGGCUGACGAGGUGGUCAUGUCGUAAAAUGGCCACCAUUUCGUGUGUAAUUCAGCCGGACAUUUCCACAUGGUUUAUUAACACUUACUCUCACCCUUUAAUCAGCGACUUUGUGUGAGCAGUUAGUACUUUUUUAUUCGAAGACAGGUACUUUUUUUAUCACUGUGGGUGUGUGAAAUUAUUUAAUGUUGCAGUUUUACAUUGAAAAUAUUUAUUUUAUGACGUUUUCGUGAAUCAACAGUUAUUUCGGACGUAAUGCACACAGAGAAAACAGUUCCGGUCUGGUCAUGCCAAGAUGCACCGGUGUCAAUGCUGGGGAAAGUUGGCGUUCGAUUAGCUCGUGUCUGGGGCCUACUUGGAUGAGCACCCGGGGUCGAACCGGGGAAGCUAAUGGAACGCACCCAUUGUUUUCGUAGUUCUGAGCAUGCACACAAUAC